UUAUCUUUCGAGGUGGGUCACUGAGAGCCAUUUGGAGCCAGAGGCGACUCGGAGCGCGCAGUCAGACGCAGAUCAUCAUAAUAAGACCAGGAGUCAGAAUCAGAGACCAGCAGCAGAGAGCACAUUGCUCCACACAGAGAGAGAGAAAAAAACACUCAUACACGGAAGAGAAGUGAGUGAAAGAGAGGCAGAGUGAGGGACGGACGUCAAGACGAACAGUUGAAGUUUUACUGUGCGGGAUAAAUACAAAUAAUAAAUACUAAAAAAAGUGAAACUCAAAGAAACCGGAAAGUGUUGGUGAAGAUGCCGCGGGUAGUCCCGGACCAGAGGAGCAAGUUUGACAAUGAGGAGUUUUUCCGCAAGUUGAGCAGGGAGUGUGAGAUUAAAUAUACUGGGUUCAGGGACCGGCCCCAUGAGGAGAGACAAGCUCGCUUCCAGAACGCUUGCAGGGACGGACGGUCAGAAAUAGCCUUUGUAGCCACAGGUACCAACCUCUCCCUCCAGUUCUUUCCUGCCAACCUGCACGGAGAUCAGAGGCAGGUUCCUGCAAGGGAGUACGUCGACUUUGAGAGAGAUACAGGAAAGGUCUAUUUGAAGGCUCCCAUGAUUUUGAACGGUGUGUGUGUGAUGUGGAGAGGCUGGAUCGACCUACAGAGGCUGGAUGGCAUGGGAUACCUGGAGUAUGAUGAAGAGAGGGCACAGCAGGAGGACGCUUUGGCCCAGGCAGCGUUUGAAGAGGCUCGACGCAGAACCCGAGACUUUGAAGACAGAGACCGAUCACACAGAGAGGAUCUAGAGUCCAGACGACAACAGGACCCCAGCCCUGGCUCAAACAUGGCCAACGCUGACGUGGAACACAAGAUGCGCUGAGGAGGAAGUGGAUGAGGAAGUAGUGAAAAGAGGCAGAAGAGAAAAACAGGGCUGGCUGUCCAUUCACUUUCAAUACAGUCAACUGAUAAAAAGUCAACUGAAACUGCAAUUGUUGACCAAUUGUUCACUAUUAUUUCCUAACAGGUUUGAUAUGAUCGUUUUCAGUCGGCAAGAUUUUUUGACGUAUUUAAAUGUAGAAGAAAAUAAACUUCCUGAAUUGAUUGAAUUGAAAGUGAAUCAAGCUCUAAAAUAGAGGGAGUAACAGGAAUACGGACACAAGAGACCUGGACAAACAGUAGUUGAAUACAUUUAAAUACAGAGGAAGGAACGUGAGCAGUAGAAUUAGCAUUAUUUUGCAAAUGUGACACAUCCAGAGUUGAAGUUGUUUCUUGAGUCAAAUGAGUGUUUCAGAUAUAUAAAGCAGAGACCAAAUCAGUCAAAAACUUCUAUAUUUUUUGUCCAGGUCUGAAAUGAAUUGAUAGGGCUAGAUUCAAAUACCAAAAGAAUAUUUUCUAUGGAUACAAGAUGUUGAAAGUAGAGGGAGAGGGGUUGUGAGGGGGUAUUAUAUAAGACAGAAGGAGGGGGCAGAGAAAAGAGAGAUUUGUUUGGCUCAGGGUCAUGGCCAGGGCUUGUUGGUCAGGAUUACCAGAGGAGCAUGCAACAAAGGUGACGUGUUGACAGUUUGAGGGGCGGAAAAGGAAAAGCAUUGUGUCUGCAUUGUUCAGUGCUGCGCAACAUUUCACAUUUGUGGGCAUGCCCUUGUUAACCCCAACUAUACCGAGCACACUUCCUGAAACCUGCUGUUUUCUUAGACCAAAGUUCACCUGCUGUAAAAGGGAGGGGAGGGGGAUGAGAACAGGGUAAACUGAAUCACAUUCAUGUGGGCAGGUUGGAGGAGGGCAUCCAGAGAGAAUUAUACCAGGUUUUAUGGUUAAGCAGUGUUUGCUGUACUCUAAUAUUCAUGAUGUGUUUGAAACAUCACUAUGGUGAGAUGCCCGUGACUGUAGAAUCACGGAUUCUGUAGCAACAACCUCGAAUUAACAAAGAAAACUGCUACAAAUUCUGCUAUCUUUGCCUCUGGAAGCAAUCAGAAAAUGAUUGGGUGUUUUUGUGGGGUAUGUGGGUGUAUGGGUCAAUUCAAACAUCCUUAGUCCUCUGAGGGGUUUUGCACUAUGUGAUACAAUCAGACUGGUUCUCCACUUGGAUUUUCUUUAUAUGCAUGAAGCCAAACAGGCCUACGUUCUCCAUUGUUCCCUUUGUGCAGUCUAUUUACAAGAGAGCACUCACUUUACAGCGCUUUGGGAAGGAAUAACUGGGUGAUUCAAGGCUAUGUUAUUGUGCAGCCAAAUUUCGGCACGCUCUUGACGUGGACCCAAACAGUAGCAUGCUCGACAAAGGGCUUCUUUUUUGUUUUUAUUUAACCGGGAUAUGUCAGCCAGGUGGACUUGUGAUCUGACAUAAAUGAACCCCAACCGUGUGCAUGAAAUUGGUGAUACUUAAUUUCCUUUAGAAUUAAGUGUAUUACUUUUUCAGUGCAACAGAGUCAUCAUACCAUAAAAUCGCUGUCCAGUGUAAACCAUGUACCUUCAAAUUUUGUGAUUUUUUUUCUUCUAAAAACUGAAGGAUUUAAGUGUUCCUUUAUGGGUUAAGAAACAUUUCCUACUUAGCUCAUGAAAAGUUGACUGUUUGGAGAUACGUGGUUUAUACUAUACAGCGAUGAUGUAACAUCUGACUAUAACAUGCAAUUAAUCAAAUCAGAAAAUAAAUAAGACACACCAUACACAUCAGUCGCAGGUGUCCCAUAUUACUUCUGUCACUUCUGUAUAGAAAAAUUGGAUUGAAACCAACCAUAAUCAUUUUUUGGCCAGGCCAUAGAUUGUACAGUCUAUGGUACCAAUCUAAUGUAGUCAGAAUCCAUCUAUUGAUCGAUCAAUCACCCAGAUGUCCUUCAUCAUUGAAGGACAGUUAAAGCCUAAAUACAGUUGAGGUACUAUUCCCUGUCCUGUUACAGCACUAUGAAACGGUAUGUUUUUUAUCUUAUCAUUUUGUUUGUGUGAAAGUCAUGAUGUUUACUUUUUAUAUUACUUCUCACCUCUGUAUAUGUAUUCAUUUUUGUUCAUCUUUCAGCUUUUUUAUGGACUAGUAGUAGCAGCGGUAGGCUAUUUUAUGUAAAGCUGAGUUGAAAAUUACAAAACGUCUCCAGAGAUUUAGGACUUUUGAGGACAUUUGUUGCUUUAGUUUUUCAUUGUUUCACGUGUUCCAUAUAUGAAUGUUAUUUUUAUGGUCUGUUUUUUUUUUUUUUUUAAGGAAAUCCACUUCCUGGGAUAAACACAUUGAAUGUGGAUUGACUCAAACCCUUUUAUUUUUAUAUUGUGCAACUAGAGGCUCAUUUGAAUUCCCAGUGUGAUUUAUGUUUAUUGAACUCAACUGUUGCAUUACAAUAAUUAUGAGACAAAUCUUUUCUUAUUCAUGCUUUUCUUUUCUCUCAGUUUGACUUAUUAAGAAUUUUGAUGAGCUUUACGUGAGCUGAGACAACUUUUGAUUGAUAGAGAGUAACAUUUUACAAUGAGAUUUACAGUAAAGAAAUAUAUAAUAGUUGAAAUUAUAAUAAAAAAGUGAAUUGACCAUGAUAGACUUGAUGAUGCCACAGCCCAACCGUGGCUACAGAAAGGUAAUAAAAGACCUCACGCAAAAGAACUAAAAGGAACGGUUUAAGUUGAAAUGGUAACAAAUAUGUCAACUUUUCCAAAACCUCACUAACAAAAACACACCAGGUCAAAUUGUCAAGCUCGGGGCACAACAAAAAACAAAGCAGGAUUUUCAUCCCGAAUAGGAGGUCUUCAUUCAGAUAACCUAAGUUUGUGGAAUUCAUUUUCUCAUAGGCAGCAUUAAAAAGCUUGAAUGCUUUAAUUUUUCUCAGAGCAUACUGAUCCUGUGAAGACAGCUGGCCCUGUGACUCGGUGCUAAAUUAGUUGAGGAAUGUGGAAAACUAUACUUUCUGUCCUGGGGCACGUUCAGUGUGAUAAGCAGUGGAUUUUUGUGUCUCGGCUGAGUUUGAUAUAGCGUUGUGUGGAGAAGUCUAGCAGAGUCGACACAGCAGUGACGAGGCAUUAAAGACGUUGAAUGAAGAGGUGCGGUGAAUGUAGGGACAGAGGAAGGCAUUAGAACAAGUGGUGCAAGCUGUCAUAGAUUUACAUGUACAGUGGCUGUUAUGUUUCUAUGACACACAAUCUAAGUAACUCUUCACUUGAAUUCAUUGUAUAAAAAGUUCCCAGAAAGUUCUCUUUGGUUCCGACAGGGAAUCAGUGGGAACUGACAGAGCAUUGGUAAUGAACCAGUACAAUGAGAGGUGAGAUGUAGGUGGACAGUCAGGGACUGUACGGUUAGGGAGACUCACUGUAUGUUUUUGGAAUUCUGUAAGUCAUGAAUUAAUCGGUUAUUUCUGUACUACAGCUAGAUCAAUCAAUGGCUAAUCAAGCUUGCUUUCCUGAUAAAUCUAGUAAAAACCAUGGGUGGUCUAAUGAAGUCUGCCAUGUUGUGUAGUUCAACUGCAUCCUUAUGGAUUUAAACCGUGUGCUCAGGUUAAGAAACAUUAGUGAGGGAUUGAUUUUAAAAGACAAAAGUUCUAGGUUGUAGAUAUGACCACAGUUUAUCACCCACCCAAUAUCACCAUUAUUUAGGUGGUUACCCAUGUAGACAUAUUAGUUGAUACUCCAUCCCUCAAUUUUCUUGAUGCAGGCAUUAAGGCAAAAAACAUAAACCACAACCAUUUUCUUUCUGUCUUUCUGUUUCUCUUCUUGUUUGUUUAAGUUAUUUAUACUUUGGUUUUAUUUAGAGAUCCAAAGAAGAACUUGUACACACUCCCUGUAAGUUUCUCCUUCCUGUGUGUGCGGUCUGCCUUUCUCUCUGUUUAGGGUUGAGCUUGUCCUCUUGGAGGAAUCAGAAAUAUGAGAUAUUCACUUCAAAAUGUUGUAAGUUUUUCAUAAUAAACAUGUAUGAAUUCUUGCA